AACGAGAGAUUCAAAACGCAUCGAAAUUUCACGCGAAUCGCACCGACAAGGUGUAGGUAAUGCAUUUUACGCGAAUUAGUACAUUUUAUGAACGCUCCGAUGAUAAAAAGAAGAGAUUUUCACGACGCCGAGAUCCCUCCCCCUUUUCUCACUAAGUAAUUAUCAGGUAUUACUUUUGCUUACCUUCUGAUGUAUAAUCUCUACGCGAGAUUUAAACGGUACGUUAUCAGCGUCUCGGUAUUUUCGCGGAUUAAUUGCGCUGAAAAACUGUGAAAAUGGAAAGUUUUAAUCGAGCCGUUAACAUAUUCUGGUUUUUUUUGAUGAUGAUGCAACAAUGCAGCCCGUGCCGUCCGUCAUCGGGCUGUCAACAUUUUCCAAACACGAACACAUACUCGUGCUCCGGGCGAAUUUGGAAGGAGAACCAUUUCGACAACCUCACCAGUGACGACAUGAUGAAAAUGAGAACCCUGGAGAUGUGCAACGUGAACAAGGAAACGUUAAAUCUCCACAAGAUCAAUACCAAAUUCCCAUAUUUGAGGAACAUUACAAUUUGGCAAGGAAAUAUUUCGUCGAUAACCAACUCGGUUUUGCCCCAAAAUCAGAUCAAGGUGCUACAACUACGAGAUUUAAAAAUCGAGUUGAUACCUACAAAAUUCCUAGUUUGGUUAACAAAGUUGGAGGUACUCGAUUUGAGUGGAAAUAGUUUACAGAGGUUGGAUGAGAAAGUCGUUCGGGAUAUUAAUCGAAUUUCAUUUACAAAUUUAUCAAAUAACCACUGGAAUUGCUCAUUAAACAUGGACUGGGUAGAACAGCUAAAAACCACGUCGAUUUAUGGCGUGGACAAUAUGACCUGCUACCAGCCACCAUACCAAGGCAAACCGAUCAUUCCUAUCGCCGAAUUCAAGAAGAAUGUUCGCACUAUGUGUCCCGAACGAUGUAGCUGCACAAUGUCCGAUGUCGUUCGUGAUCCUCAUAAUUUUGAGCUGGAACCUAUCAUCGAAGUAAAUUGUUCGAAUAAAAAUUUCCUCGAAUUUCCCCCGACACUACCAAACAAAACCAAGACACUCGCGCUGGAUAAAAACCAAAUACGUAGCUUAAUGCCACUGGUAACCAACCCCCUUUAUAAGGACGUGCAAGAUUUAGACCUAGACAACAACUUCAUUGACAGCAUCGAAGAUCUCGAGGGUUCCUACUGGUUUUCACAUUUUCGCGUGUUAUCCUUGAGGAAUAACCAGCUAGUGCAGGUACCCACGUAUGCACUGGACAACGCGCUGCAACAGAAUCCUAACAUGCCCGAAGCGGUACGACUGUUCCUGGGCGAAAAUCCAUGGAAAUGCGACUGCUCAUUCAUUCCAUCAUUUCAAGACCUGCUCAGAAAGUACCAAUCUCAAGUGGAGGACAUUGCGGAUGUCAAAUGUUCUCCACCGGAGAGCGAUAAAAAGUCGCCAGCGAUGAUUAUAACCCUAUCGAGAAGUGCGGUCUGUCGCUUACCCAACGAUUAUGCGGUUAACGCCCUCGAUAUGGUCAAUGGGAUUCUGGCGAGCCUCAUUAUAUUAAUUUUAGGCAAGCUGGCCUACGAUUAUUACCAUUUUAAGCGAACCGGUAGACUUCCAUGGAUUGUUACCAAAAUUCCUUAACGAAAUGUUUAUAAAUUAAGACUGUAUUAGUAUAAGAUACUUUUAUUGCAAUUUUCCAGCUAUCAUGACACAACUUUCUGGGGGGAUGACUGACUUAAUGAUUUGCAACAAAGCAAUUAAUUGUGCAAUAAAGGAAAAACAUUAAUCUAUUUAGGGAGCACCAACCUACUGAAAAGGAACCAAAAAUCUGAAACAACUUUAUCCCUUCAUUUUAGGAAGCAGAACAGUCGCGGUUGGGGCAUUUAAAUCCCUCCAGUUCCAUCUGAAUUUGAGAAAGGGUUUUUCCUUUCGUUUCCG